CCCCAGGGCCCUGGACACCCACCCUCAUCUGCCCAACUGCCUUCCCAGAUCUCCGCUCUCCAUCUCUGAGGCAAGGCAAGGGCCCUGGGAUCAGCUCAGCACCACCCCGAGCUCCUGGGUUCUUCUCUCUGGAGUCCCUCCCUUCUUUGCCUAUCUGAACUGGGGGGCGGGGCUGCUGGCUGGUUUGAGCUCCACCCUCACCCCCCAUCCAAUCACAAUUCCUCCUUCUCGGGGCUGGGCUGAAGGGCUGCACUCCAAGCUGCCAGCUCUGGCACUAGGCUCCCAGCCCAGGGAAGAUGUGCUGCCGCUUCUGUCACCGCUGGCAACCGCCCUGUGCACUGGGGCUGUUGCUGCUGCUGCUGCCGCCCCUUGGUGAGUGCCGGCGUGCUGGACCCAGCCCAGUCCACACACCCCCUCCCCAGGCUGGGUGUAGGUUGUGUGGGAGCUGAGGCACAGCCCUCCUGAGCGCUGAGAGUCAGGGUGGAGAGGAGGUGAGAGGGCUCCAGGGAGGGAUUGUGUGCCAGUGGCUUCAGGAUGUAAAGUGAGGGUGGGAACUGAACCCUAGUUUCGGAGGGAAGAACCCCCAAAUUCCACAAUCCCCAUCCUGAUAAGGGGAGACUUGACCUCUUGCGGGACUCCCAGACCAACUGUGGGAUCUCUGAGGUCCUCUCUUAGGGUCGAACCUGGAUCCCAACCCCCUCUAUUCUCCCCUACCCGUCAGAAAACACCUGUCUCUGGGGAGGGGAUGGAAAGGCCAAACAAAGAUUGUCUAGGCUGCAGAGAAACUGGAAGUUGCCAGGGGACCUGCCUCCUUUCACCAUGUCCGUACUCUCAUUUGGACCAUUCUCACCUGACCUGGGACCCAGAAGCUCGGAAGAAGAGCCAACUCCUGGGACGAGGCUUCUUCUUCCCCCAUCCCCACCUAUCCUGUCCAGUCCUUGUAUCUCCCCUGGCAGCAACCACAGCGGUCCCAGGCCGCUGUGACACCAUAUACCAGGGCUUUGCCGAGUGUCUCAUCCGCUUGGGGGACGGCAUGGGCCGCGGAGGUGAGCUGGAGAGCGUCUGCAGGUCUUGGAAUGAUUUCCACACCUGUGCCUCGCGAGUCCUGUUGGGCUGCCCUGAGGAGGCCGCCGCCGUGUGGGAGUCACUACAGCAAGAAGCUCGCCGGGCCCCACACCCAGAUAAUUUGCACACUCUGUGCGGCACCCCUGUACGCCUUCAGGAGCGCCUUCAGGAGCGCGGGGCGGGCCCAGAGACCAACCAGCAGACGCUGCGGGCGACAGCGCCAGCACCCACUCGGGUCCCCGAGCCCCCUCUGCUGGCGGCUGCUUUGGCACUCGCCUGCCUCCUGGGUCCUCUGGCCUAGCCGGUCUGGCCGGGUAGCAGCGUG